AUGUUUUUAAAGGUUGCCGGUCUAGUUCUAGCUUGGCUUCCAAUGAAUUUAAUUAAUUUAUGGAGAGAUUUAAAUAAUGAAAAUAGCGUUAAUGAUGAUGAAUUAAUUAAUAUAGACAAUACAAAACAAUUAGAAACUUCAAUUGAAAGUGGGGCAAAUACAGCCUGGUUUUCUUUAAUUUUUGUAGCUUCCCAUUCAAUUGCUAUGACUUCCGCUGUUUGGAACCCAAUUAUUUAUAGCUUCUUUAAUCCACAAUUUCGAGAAACAAUUAGAAAAGUGCUUGAAAGAAGAAGACAAUCACAGGCAGCAGCUGCCCUAAUGACAAAUGCCCAAAACCAUCAAAACACUAACAACAACAAUAAUCAUUUAACAACAAGUAGUCCCAACUUCAAUUCAAAUGGAUAUUGUUCUGUUAUUAAUAAUGAUUAUAUUAGAAGAAGUUCAGCACGUUCACUUCUUUCAGCAUUAGGUACUGCUAUGGGCGUUAAGGAUGAUAGAAGGGAAGGGUUAAAAACUAUGAGGAAUAGUGUUGUGUUUUUACCUCCAAAAAGGGAUGGAAAAUGUGUUAAUUUAUUAGAUGAAGAAGUAAGUGUUGUUGAAAAGGAUGAUGAGAAAAUGCCCGGUGAAAUGUUAUAA